AUUAGUUUCUGGGUCCUGUCGUCUUUCUGGAAAAAUAAAAUAAAAGAUCUUUGUGUAAAUAUAUAACAUCAUGGCUUCCUCCAGUGGAAAUUCCAAUUCAUCAGGGUCUGAAGAGGAUUUGCAUCGGCUGAUGGAUCAAAGAAAAAGAAAGAGAAUGGAAUCCAACAGAGAAUCAGCGAGGAGAUCAAGGAUGAGAAAACAAAAGCGUUUAGAUGAUUUAAUGGCUCAACUGAUUCUGCUAAGGGAAGAUAAUUACCAAAUCCUCACGAACAUCAACUUCAUCACCCAUCAGUACUUGAGCAUGGAGGCUGAGAACUCGGUUUUGAGAGCUCAGAUCAUAGAACUGAGUCAAAGACUGGAUUCCCUGAAUGGGAUCCUUAAUCAUCUCAAUAAUCCCAGAAUCAGCAAUGGGGUUUAUGAAAGUGAAGCUUUUGAAAGUUCCACCAAUUUCAUUCACCCUUUCAGUUUGGCUUAUCUUAAUCAACCAAUUGUGGUCACUGCAGAUGUAUUCCAGUACUGAUCCGCCAUUACUAAAUGGGUUUAAAGAAAUCAGUUGAAUUGGGAACUAGAAAGCAAGAGCUGCCUGCUAAAUAAUCAUGGCUCUCUUUUGUUGUUGUAACUUGUAACUAA